UCGGCUCCACCGUCGGUCCGGUCCGGACGGGUUCGGCCGCACGUCCUGCAGGCAGGUGGAGGUCAGGUGUGGAGAUGUGAGGGAUCUGGGUCGGCCUGAGUCUCCGGUCCAUCAGAAACUACAGAUUUUCACCAAAUCUGGGAGUAAAAACCUGAUCUGGGAUGAAGUUCUGAUACCUGAUCCGGUCCAGAAUCAGAGUCUGACUCAGCAAAUGUGGGUUUUCCCUUCCACAGGUGUUCCGUUCAGGAGAAAGCUGCAGGUGAGGUCUACAGGUGAGGUUCUACCGCUCCACCACAGCCAUGGAGGGUCUGAUGCUGAGUCUGGGGCUCAUGGUCCUGGCGUGUUCCCCACGCGUGGAACCGCGCGUCCGGCUCAACUCCAUCAGAACCGUGGUCCUCCGGGACGGUCCAGCCGUGCCGGCCAACGGGAGCUCGUGGGAGACCAGCGAGGACCUGAAGCUCCACCAAUGCAUGAGCGACCUGGAGUGCUCUGAGGGAAGCUACUGCCACCUCCCUGCCGAAGGCCCCGCCCACUCCCGCUGCAGGACCUGCCGCAGGAGCAGCAAGCGUUGCCUGAGAGACGGCAUGUGUUGCCAUGACAACCACUGCAUCCACAACGUUUGCGUUCCGGAUGCGGACGCUUCUCUCGCCCAGAGGAUCCCAAACGCUGACGGAGAGGCGGAGCCAAAGAUGAAAGGAUGGAGGAAGAGGAAGAGGAUGAACAUCAAAGGAGCUUCCAGCAAAGGUCAGGUGGGGGACCCCUGCCUGCGCUCCUCCGACUGCUCGGGGGGGCUGUGCUGCGCCCGGCACUUCUGGACCCGCAUCUGCAAGCCGCUGCUGCGGGAGGGGCAGGUCUGCACGCGGCAGCGCCGGAAGGGCCACGCCGGCCUGGAGCUGUUCCAGCGCUGCUCCUGCGGCGCCGGACUCCACUGCCGGGGGAAGCAGGACUCCACCCUCCAGACCCCGCCCUCCUCUCUGCUGCUCGCCGAGGCAUCUCGCUCCAAAUUCACGGCGCCCUCCUCCGCCUCCCCCUUCAGGUCAAAGGCAGCGAACACGAGACUCCACAUGUGCCAGAAGAUCUGAGCGUUUAAAAGGAGAAUUUCUCCAUUAAUGACCCGGUCCAGAGGAACCGCAGCAGCAACCAAAGAGGUUGAAACCCUCGUCUGCCCCUCCCCCCCCACAGACCCAGUUUCUGAUGCUAAUGAGUUUCCUGUCAGGCAGCUCUGAUACACAAACAGAGCUGGGAGUCUCUGAGGUUCAGGUCGAGGCGUCUAGACACAGAAACUGGUUUAAAUCCAGUUUGACUCCAUUUCCUCCUGACUGUUGUGACCCUCACAGAAACCACGACCUCACUGUGACUCUUAUUUUGAAAAACCCUCUAAAGCAUUCCUGAAUCUACACUGUUUCUGUCAAUAAACAGAUUUAAGUAAAUGAGUUACUUUAAACAAAUGUGAUAAAAAUUCAAAAUAAUAAUUUAUGUUAACCUGAAGCAUCCAGAAGGUUCUGUCUUUGCUCUUUUCUUCAUUUUCUUUUAAAUUAAAUCUAUUUUUGCUGAAAGUUAUUUUGAAAAUCCAUUUAUUUGUUAAUAAAUCUGUCAGUUUUUUCCACUUCCUCUCUUAUUCGUGUAUUUAUGAGGAAUCACUGAUGUUUGAUCAUUAAACACAUUGAAACUACUGUGUAACCAAGAAUUUGUAUUUCAAUAAACUUUAUUUAAAAAGUUAUG